AAACAGCAUCCGCAGCGCAGAUUCCUCUUCAUCCCUUGACGGCUAUCACAGCGUGGUUUGAUCAACAUUAUCAUCCGCGCGUCCUUUCACCCUCAUUAGCUUGCGCAACGACAAACAAGGGCGGCUCAUUGAUUGUACGAUUGCUUGCCCCUGAACCCUCGUCCGACUCGUCCUCGUCCUCGACAACCUCGCCGAGCAUCCAUCACCACAUCGCGGCGCUGACGUCGCAAUCGCCGCCAAGAUGUCAGCGUCCUACUCAGUCUUCACGUCUCCCAAUCAUGCCCCGAUCCCCAACCACCUCCCAACCCUCAUAGUAACCCCACACGGCCAACCGCACCACACCCUGUACAGCUACAUCCACACCAACUUCAACAAAGAGACGUACCUCCUCACCCCCUCCCCACAAGGCGACCUAUGCGUAGCCAAGAUGGUCCCUCCCCCCGGCUCGCGCGGUCCUGGUGGUCAAGCAUCUGAUCCAGGACACAGCAACGACCCGAAUCGAGAUCGUUCAGUGCGCUGCGAGGCGUCGCGCAACCUCAAGUGGUCCAUCACCAACACGGGCAUCAACGCCCCCGUGUACAAGCUCACCCUCCCCAACCCCGACGCUCCCGGCCACGAGCAACCACUCUUUCAGAUCUCCAAGCCAAACCCUAACGCUCCCUAUUGGACCAUGUUCUACUUCACGUACGCGGGACAUCUUAUCCCGCCUAAGCGAAUCGAGUUUGGCAAGAUCCAGAAGAAUGCGACGCAGGGCUCCUCAAGCGGGGGAGGUGGGGGAGGAGGAGGAACUAGGGUCACGAUUACGGGGAAGAGCCCGGAGGAGAAGGCCGUUUGGCAAACGCUGGGCGAGGGGAACGAGGAUAUGGUCGAGUGGAUCGUGCUGUGUGCUGCUCUCAACGUGCUGGAUGAGGAGAUUAUCAAGGCGGCGGAGAAGAGUGCCGCAGCUAGUGGGGGAUCCCCAUCCAGGAUGGCAGCCGUGCCGAGCUCGAGGCCUACUGCUGGUGGCAGGCCGGCAGGUGGAGGAGUGCAAGCGCCUAAUGGAGGUAGACUGGCAGGGAUGGGUGGUCCGGCACCUCGACCGAAUGGAGCGCCGAUGAACGGUCGUCCUAAUGGGCCAAGCCCAUACGGCAAUGGCGGCGGCGGUGGUGGUGGUGGUCUUCAACCCAACGGAGCCAACGGAGCCGUACCGCCGCGCAGCUACUCCAACCCUCGGCCGGGAGCAGGCCCAGCAGACCCGCGAGGCUACCCACAGCAGCAGAACAUGGCCUACGCGGCACGACCGCCCCCGCAACAGCAGGGUGGAUAUGGAGGGCAGCAUCCGCCCGCUGGCUUCCAACAGUCGAGGCCACCACCACAGCAGGGAUACGGUGGAUCGAGGCCGCCGCCUCCUCAGCAGGGAGGGGGAGGGUACGGCGGUGGCGGCGGUGCGGGAGGAUUCAGGGCUCCACCGCAGCAGGGCUAUGGUGGGCAGCAACAACAGCCGAUUAGAAGAUUCUAAGCCCGCGUCAUCCCGGCUCCCCGCCCGACGUCGUCGUCGUCGUCGUCGUCGUCGUCGUCGUCGUCAUCGUCUUCACCGUCGCCGAUCGACCAUGCACUUUUCACCAAUGGACACUUUCCCCCACCUUCUCACCUGACACGCCUUUCGCAUCCUUUAUUUCGCACCCACUUUUCGAUCCAUGUUCAAAGCUUCUCCCUCUUCUUCCACGCUUCACCGACAGAUAGGCAGACAAGACUGAGGCAAACACACAAAGACGCAAUCUCGAUAGUUGAUCCUCUCCACUCGUCUUGCCUUCAUUCGUCUGCGCGCAUCGUUUUCGUCACGCUCUUCUUGCCUCCUGUGCUCACUCACCCCGCCACGGGUCGUAAAGGUCG